UUAGCACAUAAAAUAUUGCACAACGGAGUGCAAGAAACACCAAUCAAUCUUUUAUCUAAAAGGGGGAAUUAGAAAAUACAAUUUUUUUUGGAAGAGUUUUCAAGAUUCAACAAGGAGCAAUAUCCUCACUCGUGAUUCAGAUUCCUAUGCAUCAUCACCACGUCAGUUUUAUGUGCUCGUGUAAGCGAGGGCAAGAACGGCUCACCUUGGCAGCUGGCCGCAGCUGGCAAACGUCAGAUUUUUGGUUGCGUGCCACCGUUUAGUAGAGAAAAUGAAAAGGAAGUAGGUCAGCAGCUCAACUCUGCGUUGUUUUCCCUUCACCCAUAGAAUCUUUAUGCUCCCAUCGUUCGUCAAUUCCGUGACUUCACUCAAGCUGUCCGUCUCUUAAGACGAGAUCUCUUGGUCUUAACAGGCUGUCUUCUCCUUUUGCUCUCUUCAUCAUUUAAUUACAUUGGCUACUAUACAACUCUAUUGAACACUAUUAUUUAGGUUCUCUGGAUUACUUUUGCUCCCUUGGAACCUAGCACAAAGAUAAUGAAUGAGCUUCAACCAGUGUCGCCGCAUCCUGUGCAGCAACCAGACGGAGCGCAACAACAAACAUACCAUCAUGCAGAUACGUUGCCGCAGAUAAAUAACUCUGAAUACCCGAAAGUCGAAGCCGAUAUUCGUUCGCCGCAAGUCUUGGAAGAAGGACAGCAAAUCUACGACGACUCCGACAAAGAAAACGCGACGGUCAACGAACAUCGCCAGCCUGACCACAUUGGCGUUCCUGACGGCGGUCGACGGGCAUGGCUGGUUGUUUUUGGAGCAUUUCUCAACUUUACACUGGCCUUUGGUCUUUUGAAUUCGUUCGGAACCUUUCAGGCACGGUACGAGAAGGCCUGGCCAGAAUUCAACUCAUCCGUCAUUACUUGGAUCGGGAGUGUUCAACUAUUUGUUCUAUUCCUGGGUGGUGUCAUUGUUGGCCCGGCUUUCGACAAAUGGGGCGCACGUCCGCUCAUGCUUUGCGGAACCCUUUGCUGUCUCAUCUCUUUCAUUGGCGCAAGCUUCUCUAGGGAAUUCUAUCAAUUUCUGCUAUCUCAAGGCAUUCUAUUUGGUAUCGGUAACUCACUUUUGUUUUAUCCAUCGACGAGCGCCAUAUCAGAAUGGUUCAACAAAAAGCGUGCGCUUGCCCUCGGCCUUGCUGUAUCCGGGAGCUCAGUAGGUGGUGUUAUAUGGCCAGUACUGCUCGAUAAAUUGUUCUCUACCAAUUCUGCCAAUGAUGACGGGCGGGUUCACCGUAUCAUUGCUCUCAUCACGAUACCGUUUUUACUAGUAUCGUGCGCUUUGGUUAAAGAACGAAAGGGAGUGGCUGGGCAUGAUACUGCGGGACACGAAAGCAAGCUACCACAACGCAGCUAUGCCAAAGCAAUCCUGGAAUAGAGGUUCGGAUUUCUCUGCCUGUCACUGCUGUUUAUAUAUUGUGGUAUGCUGGUGCCUUUCUACUACAUACCUGUCUACGCCGAGGAGCAGAAAGUACCAGCUACUAUGUCAAACAAUUUGCUAGCAAUAGGCUACGCAGGCUCUUUCAUAGGCCGGAUUGGAUCUGGUUGGAUGGCGGAUUUCUUUGGCAGAUUCACUGUACUAUUCACAAUUUCGCUGGGAACCAGUCUCAUAACUUUUGGUUGCAUCUGGAUGACAUCGCUGCCAAGCUUGAUAGCGUUUGCUACCCUCUUCGGACUCUUUUCCGGUGGCCUAGUUCCCCUUGGUUCGGCAUGUGUUGCUCAGACGACGCCAGACAUGGGCCACAUUGGGCUGAGAAUCGGUGCCAUGAUGGCCGUUUGUUCUUUUGGUGCCCUGGCAGGAGGACCCAUCAGCGGUGCUAUUCGCAAUACGUCCACCGGAUGGGUUGGGGUUUUCACCUUUUCUUCGUCGCUUACGUUAAUUGGCGCGUUUUUACUUCUCGGGGUUCGCAUUGUUUGGCAGCCGCACGUGGCCACUAAAUUUUGAAGUUUUGGCUUGACUGUGUAGGAAGUUGGGUGAAGGUCAUUAAUCAGAAGACAGGCGAUGGUUUUAAGAAUAAUGUUAUAUUUUCAAGACACUCCCAGGUUACCGUUGUGUUCAGCUCUACAUGUAUUAUUAUGCUACAGUUCUAUAGCUUUGUACAGUACACGAGGUAAGGUGGUAUCAACAAUCUAUUCAUGUAUCAUUACUACUGUAGUGUUUGUAUACUGGGAGUAUCGUAAACCUCCAAUCCCGUCGGUUUGUGGGCAAUCAUAGGUAUGUGCUUUGAAAGAUAAACAUUGAGUAUCGUAUUUCAAUCUUCUUCGUAAGAAUUGUUUCAUUAGGGUCAUCAAUUAUUUCCAUAAUUAAUAGACCAGUCCGCAUCGUCCAAGCAUUCCGUCACAAUCGGAUUCACCAGGACAUGCUUUUCAAGCCCAUUGCGGAAUAGUGUCUUCAUCAUGAGGACACGGCAGUAUAGUGACCAUGAGUCAACAAGUGCCAUUCGUCCACCAAGGCGCAAACGGUAUCUAUAUCCAUACUCAUAAUCGCCAUCAGCGGUCAUUUGAUCCGCAGCAACUGUUUGACCAGGCUCGGGGACAUAGCGGGCCUCGGAAUAGAAAGGACCAAGACCUCGUUCCAGCGAGGUAACGACGCUCAGCAAGUUAUCGCGGAGUUCGCGGCGAUCUUUGCGCGAGACCGACUUGGACGACAUCUUGGCGAUCUCGUUGAGACGGCCAGCCAGCUUUUGAGGAUCAUAUGGCAGCUGGAAUGGCUUCCCCGUAUCUUCUUCAUGGGAUCGAGAGGACUCAAACGUUAACGCUAUGCAGCGUGCGGCGUUGGAUUGAAUUUGAAUGUUGCUGCUGUCGAGUUGAUCGACAAAUGAAUCCAUGGCAGCUUCAGCGUAUUCGGAGUAGUCAUCAACGUGACUGGCAACAAAGCUCCAGCCAGCCAAAGCGGCCGCAACGAUUGCUACGUUGUCCUGCGCUUCAAUAGAGUCACCAUCUGUUUGGAUUAUAUCGAUGAAGUAUUCCAUAAUUUCCAGGGCCGCUUCCUCAACACCGCCGCCAUAAAGGACCGCCAUGGAAAGGCCGUAAAUGGCCCAAACUCGGCAUUCGUCGUCGUCAUCGUCUACCAAUACCUGUUUUAGUGUUGUGUGGGCACCCUCGUAAAUCUCCAGCUCCUCAACGCAGCCCACAGUGACACAGAAGGCCUGUAAGUUUAAUAGACGCUCCCUGGGAGACUCGGCGCGGUUAGCACCUCUCAGGAAUGCAUCGGUCAAUUCGGUAGCGGCGUCGUCGAGCCAUAGGUGGGUUUCUGGUGAAUAUUUUGUUCGAAUAACCUUGAUAAAUGCUUCCAAGAAUUCCUCUCGUGUUGUGUUAUUGUUGCGCUUAUGAUCCUGAAUGUUUUCGAGUAGAGCGUUGGUGUCGAGUGUGACGGAACCGUUCUCGUCCGUAGUCUCAGUGACAGAGCUAGCAGAGUGGACACUGGAGAUCAUAUCGACCUCGAGAUCAGAGUCGCCAUCAUCACUGUCGUCCGAUGCUGCACGGCUGUGGGCGGUAGAGUGUGUUGGUGAUGUCAGAAGCGAGGCCAUGGGAGAACUCUUGGGCGUGAUGUUUCCCGAAGCUCGGCCGGACUUGAUUGCCUUUCUCGAGGUGGUCUUGCCGCCCUUUAGGGCCUUGACUCUGGCGUGAUCCAUCGUUUGUGACGGCUAGAAGCGUGGAAUAUGGAUGUGAAGGGAGCAACGUAGUUGAUCUGUAUCCAGGACUUUGCCACAAGGGCAGCGAAGGUAAUGGGAGUAGUAGUUGGAGAGCCGCGAUGUGCUGCUGUUCAAGCUGGAUUUGAGUAAAUCAGUGAGCUUCUUAUGCGAUAAUCUGUGCUGUAUGCUGUAUAAACUGUGCGGGGGCUAAAAUCCAUGGAGCGAAGCUGUCGUCUUGCGCUGAAGGCGGGUUGGCGAAAGGGUUGGGGAUGAGACGCCGCCGAUGGAGCGAAAGGUUUCUGAAAUCUGCAGGGCCGAAGCCUUUUAGGUUCUUGACAGAGGGAGGGAUGCUGUCGUGAGCAGGACUAAGUUUGUAUGUCAGGGCAGAAGACAAGGGAGGAGAAUCGGGAUUCUUGUGCGAUUUUGUGGUAGCCAGGGUUCGACGCUAGUGAUAUGCCAGUGGCGUCACGACCGCUUGUGGACUCGCUAAAUGUAGAAAGAAAACUGGGCCGUUGGAGCACGGGACGGCGAGGUGAUGUCCCGCCUUUGCUCCAGAUCGCCACUGGACCAAAUGAUGGCGGUUGUUAGUGUUGUGAAUACUUUCCAGAGAGGUUUUAAAGAAUAGUAAACGUAGGAGAACCACAAUCUACUGCUGGUAAUACAUGGUAAAAACUUUCCCCAUCAUCUGCCGGCCAGCAAAAUGUUUCAAAUUUGCCCAGGACAAACAACUCCGG